GAAGGAAAUGAAGCUGAGAAUUUAGGUGACUUCAUCUAUCCCAAUCUAGUCUUUUUAUAGAUGAGAAAACUGAGGCUCAAUAGAAAUUAAGUAACUUACCCACAGGUCAGAGCUGGCAUUAAAAUUCUCAUCAAAAACUCUAAACCUCAAGCCCCUAAUUUAGGUUGCCACUUUCACGUGUGAAAAACCAGAGUAUGUUCUUGAAGAUGCAAGAAAGCAUUGGGGAGAGAAACUGAAGACCUUGAAGAGAGAAAAGGUCCUUGAGAUGAGUUAGAUAUAUUCCAAAAGACACAAGUGGAAGAGUCAUUAACAUUUAAAAUAAGAUAGCACUGCAGCUGAGCCUGAAGAGCAAGGAAAAAAAGGCAGGAAGAAAUAAAAAGAGAAAUUUUGAAUUCAAUGUUACUAGAGAUUACAUCUGCUACUGGAUACAAUUUUUUUCCCCCCAACAAGGUGGCAGAGCAGGAAAGGGGGAGGAUAAGAAUAAGAGUUUAUUAAAGAGUGACGGUUUGAAACAAUCACUGUUGGAUGUUUGCUAAGGAAUGAUGAAACAGACUAAUAGGAAAUCAAAAUGAAUUUGGGGGAUCUUCCAUAUAUGUUCCUUUAUAUUCUCACUUUAACUUACAAUAGUCUUCAACUGCUUACUUUAUUUCUAGGGUUUCUAACCUAAAGUACACUCCCAAUUUGCCUUAGUAAUUGGGGGAAAAAACCUAGGGAGGGAGUCAAAUGUCAAUUCUCAUUAUAACCUUCCUACUAGAAAUUACUCUAAGUCACAGCUUCUCUAUUUCUUUUCCGAUGACUGUUUCUUUCUAGCUUUGAAAUAAUUUCUAUGAUUCUAUAAAGAAAUGUUUUAAAACGUAGGGAGGAAAACCGGUGAAAAGGGAAAGACCAGAAAUGCCAGCAAAAGAAAUGAGGUAGUUAAGGUCCAAAUGGCUGAGGAUCGAUGAAGAACGAAGUUGGGUCGGAAAUGGGUGGAGGGUACUUACCCCCAGAAUAGAGGAAAGAAUGAGGAUGAGUAAACAAAUUUUCACUAAAGAAUGAAUGAUAAGUGGGAAAUGGGAUCGUAACCACUCGAGAAAAUCACUGAUUUGAUGGCUACUGAGAGGAAGGGGAAAAUGACUUGAGACGUGGGAGUUUAAGCGACAUCUGGCUAAGCCCGGGGACACGUGAUCUCGGGAGCGAAGAAGCGAGGGGCACCCCCGAGCCUGUCUGCCCUCCCCUUGAGAAGCGGCGGACGCUGCCCCACGAGUCCUCCACCCAUCCCGACCCGGUCUGCGGGACUCCCUCAGACAGCUACCCGGAAACCCAGCUCAGCCGCUUCCCUGCCGCCCACGAGGUCAAAUCUCCCAAUCCAGCGGGGAAAGGACCGAAUGAGGCAUCCGGGAGACCCUUAAGGAAUGAAUUGGAGAAGGCGGGAGGAGGCUACAAAACCAGAAAUUGCCGGUUUAAGUCCUCCAAACUCGAAUGCUGUCGUAACUUCCGCUUCCGCCGCAAACCAUAAAUGUACCGUGGCUUUACCACGCCUACGCCAGACGUCACGUCCCAUGAUCUCCGCAUCGUGUCUUUAAAACCUGCAUUUUUUUUUUUUCCAGUUGGCACAAAAUUGGGAACUCCAGGACCUGGAUUUUAUGCUUUUUCUUAGCAUUUCCUGAAUGAAAACUAGCUCUUCUCGCCAGGAUAGAACAAAUCAGAAACGGUGCAGGGGUCCUCAAACUUUUUAAAUAGGGGGCCAGUUCACUGUCCCUCAGACUGUUGGAGGGCCGGACUAUAGUAAAAACAAAAACUUUUUGUGGGCCUUUAAAUAAACUUCAUAGCCCUGGGUGAGGGGGAUAAACGUGCUCAGCUGCCGCAUCUGGCCUGCGGGCUGUAGUUUUAGGACCCCUGCAGGGACCGGCAUAGCGAGUUUCCACGUUAUGCCUUGAUUCUCCCUAUAUUAUCUUUGUAGUUGUCCCAAGAGGCGUUUGCAGUCGUCACACACUGCAGUCAUGCAAUCCCCACGAGGAAACAGUCGUGGGGAAAUCCUAUUUUGGACAGUGGCAGCGCCGGGCCGCAAUCCCGAGCUAGGAGGUCAGGAGCCCAGCAUCGUACCUGCGCGGGGCAUGCGGGCUAUCCCUGAGUCGGUGGCCCGAGCUGCACUGAUUGUGGAGUUGGUUUCACAUCUAGCCCUGAGGUCACAGAAAGUAACUUAAGAUGUCUGCCUGAGCCUCAGACUCCUAAGAUUAUCUUCUAACCUUUUUUUUUUUUUUUUUUUUUUUUUUUUAAGCUGAAGGAGCUCCUUCUCUUGACAAGUAAAUCAAGGAGCCUUGAUCUAAGUCCUAUUGAAGUUUGGGAUAGAAUGGUCUGUACCUGGUCCUUUUUAUUUAAACAAAAUUUGGGUUAUCAAUGAAUUGGCUCCUUGUAAAUCAGGUGUUCCUAUUUUCUAUCUUUCAGAAAACCUGUACAAACUCCAAAACUUAACAUUGCAAGUGACCUGAGGGCUUUUGAAGGAUUCCCAGUGUCUCUCCCCACCCCUACCCCCUUACUGUCCAAAGUGGAAAUACCUAGGUACUAUAUAUUUAAAGUCUCCUGUCUACCCCUUGAGGCAAGCUCAGAAAAAUUCCCCUGCACGAUAUGCAUUUGACUCCCAGAGAUGCCAGUGUCCAGAUGAGUUUGGCCAGCUAACUUUUGAUUCCUUAGUGUAUUUCAGAUGUGUGAGGCUGAGGUGCCUAAAGGCAUGGUCACACGUAACUUCAUAUGCAGAGGGGUCAGAAGUUUAUAUCCUUAUUUAAGUAGGCUAUUAUUUUCUGACCACUCUCCAUCAGUCCCUAAAUUCAUCCUACCAGGACUUUUCAAGUUACAUAAGGCUUGAUUUCAUACUAAGAUGAAAAAGUGAUCAUAAGAAGAAAAUCAGACAAUUAAGAUGUUACUAGUAUUACUUUGUAUAUAUGAAUAUAUAUAUAGAUAAAAUCAAAUAGUUUGAAGACAAUUUUUUAUUCUGUAUAUUAUUUUGUUGAGAUUAUAAUCAAUUUUCAAUAAAAGCAGACAAUUUCACACUUUCACUUUAGAGUUGUUAGAGUUCACUUUAGAGAGAGGACUAUGGAGAUUGAAUGUGAAUCAAAGCAUAGUAUUUAUUUUUGCUAAGCAAGACAAAUAUAGAAAUAUGGUUAGAAGAUUUGUUCACAUUUAGCCUUAUCAGACUGGUUGCUAUCUUUGGGAUGGGAGAAGAGAGAGGAGAGGGAGAAAUAUUUGGAAUACAAGGUUUUGUGAAAAUGAAUGCUGAAAACUAUUUUUGCAUGUAUUUGGAAAAAUAAAUUUUAAAUGAAAUCAUUUCUCAUUAGGCAAAUAAUUUCAUUAGAGUUAUUAACCCUGAGCUGAUCUCAGAGGUACCCUCUGGCUUCCUCCAGUUCCUGAUGCCUAUGGGUAAGAGAAUCCAUCUUACCAAUUGAAGAACAGCUCCCCUAGUUAAAGAAGUUCUGCUUUGACUUUUUAACUAGCUGUGAAAAUGGGUGAGGCACAGGAAGCAGACUGGCUUGGAGAUCCCUAUCAAUCAGGAUUGAAAGACUCCUAGUUGGUUCCAGAGGCCUUAUAUCUAUCUAUUAUUGAUUCUUCCUGUGGGAAGACUGGCUGUCCCAUCACCAAAGCAAGAAUAAACAUCAUGGCUAGAAGAGGAUCUGAAUUCUGGAUUCUCCCUAUCUACCAGCGGGUGGCAGAAUCCAGAACAAAGGAAGAAGAUAUAAAGAUGGAAAAAUCAGAGUUUGAUCCUGUGGGGGAGCAGACAGGAGAUCCUGAGAUUAAAGAUGUUGACAUGACUUGAAUAAAGUCUUGGGUCAGCCUUUAUCUGAUGAAACCUGACAAGAACUCCCCUAAUCCCGCAAAUUAGAUAAAAUAUUAAAGUCCACAGUUUGUGGAUGCUCCUUAACCCCUUCAGUUUGAUUUCACAGUGAGUGCACAUGGGAGGGCUCCCCUAUAUGUGGAUGCAGUGUGGAGCCGGUUCAGAGCCAUCCAGCACAUCUCCUUAGAUCUGCAGUGCCAUGAAGCCCCAUCUUUACUUCUAGUCUGAAAAAUGGGCUGUAGAAGCACACCAGUAGCUUACCAACCUAGUGCUUCAGAACAGAGUAGAACAAGAACUAGUGUGAGAACUGCCUGCCCAGAAUGACCUGAACCCACCUCCUACCCCCAAGCUUUCCACACUACCCAGAGACCUCAUUGGUAUGGAGAGAAAGGUUAAAGAAUAGUCAAGGGGCAACUAGAGGGUGAAGUGGAUAGAGAUGACCCUAGAGACAGGAGGAUCUGAGUUCAAAUCCUACCUCAGACACUUACCACUUGUUCUGCUAACACCAAUUGCCUUGACAAAAAAAAAAAAAAAAAAAAAAAAAAGCUGAGCCAGGGUACAAAGACAACAGAAAGCAUCCUAAUGACAGGGAAGAAACCUAAAAAAGUCUGCAACAAAUCUUACUCCCUAUAACCUUAGUGGCUGAAGAAUAAAGAGAUAAUUUGUGUUGAUCCUUUCUUGCCUCUGUCAUACCCCCUUUUGUGCCAUGUGGCUUUCUGCCAAGUAUUAAAGCCUUGGAUUGCCUCCUCAAGCCUCUUCCCCUAACUCUAGUUUCCUCUGUUCCCCUGACUUGGCUCCAUAUUCUCUGCAGGGUCUGAUAGUAAAAGUUCUUUUAAAAAAUGAAAUCAGAUGGAAGUGGCUCUUUUCAGCAAUGAGGUGAUUUAAGGCAAUUCCAAUAAACUUGUGAUGGAAAGUGCCAUCUGCCUUCAGAGAGAGGACUAUGGAGAUUGAAUGUGAAUCAAAGCAUAGUAUUUAUUUUUGCUAAGCAAGACAAAUAUAGAAAUAUGGUUAGAAGAUUUGUUCACAUUUGACCUUAUCAGACUGGUUGCUAUCUUUGGGAUGGGAGAAGAGGGAGGAGAGGGAGAAAUAUUUGGAAUACAAAGUUUUGUGAAAAUGAAUGUUGAAAACUAUUUUUGCAUGUAUUUGGAAAAAUAAAUUUUAAAUGAAAUCAGAAAAUCCCUAUGUUGAUAGGAGCUAGAUGGAUUCAGUUCAUUCAGCUUCACAAGAUUAAUUGGGUGUCACAUAUGACAAAACAUAAAUGCCAAGUAAAAGUACCCUUCCCCAAAAUACCAAUGCCAUUAUCCACAAACCAUUAUUCUAGCUUCAUCCCUUUGAAGUUUGAAAACUUAUCCAGGCACACCUUGUCUUAUUGCAUUUUGCAGAAAAUGCAUUUUUUUUUUUUUAAGGUUAGAGGCUAUCUAUCAAGCAAGUCUUAUGAAAACCUUGGAGGGAAAUUAAUUUGUGUUACUUUCAAAGCAUCCCUAACCUCAGCCAAUGAAUUUCUGAUUGUCUCCUCUGGUUUCCCUUGCAGUAGCUAGUAUCAGAUUCCUAUAUUUUGUAUAACGUUUUGAAGGACCCUAUAUUUGAGAGCUCUUUUUACUCCUGCAUACUUACGAUGAAUCUGCAGCAGCCAGACACCAAAAUUUCUCGAGCUGCGGGUUUCUUGAAAUAAUGGAAACUGAGGGAGUCUUGUUUUUGUUGUGUGAUUCUUGAAUCUGCAUAACCUCUCUGGUCCUAAAUUUCCUGCGUCUGUACAAUGGGAAGAUUGAAUCAGAGAAUCUGCUGCAGAUAGCCAAAGUUCAAGAUUAUGAGCAGACACCCGCUGAUGAAACCCUGAUAAAGUCACACUCUUUCUUCCCAUACUGCGGCUAUUCCUGGAACAGGAAAAUGGUCUUUCGAAGAAGUUUCCACAAACUUCUAAUCUGCAUGCGCCACCCCAGGUUGGUCGGCAUCGCUAGACUACAGACGUUCGAUGAUCGUGAACUUUCGCUAGGAGAGACUGAAGCAGAGUAACGCCAUCUUGGAUAUGGUCAAUAUCUGAACGCAGUUGCUGGGAGGGGGGGAGGCGCCCAUUGCCCGGGGCGGAAGAGCAGUGAAGCUGGAGCGCCGCCAUUUUUUCUGAGGGCAUUCUUCGAUUCCACUCCCCCACCCCCAGCUACCUCCUACCCAGAGGGAACAGAGUAAAAUGCCACAGGCUUCUCCCAGCUUGGUCAUGGCGGAUUUCCAGGUCCCAAACCAGCGCUCAUCUCCUGGAUGGAAGCAGCAGCCUGGGAUUCGGAUGCCGGGUCUCCCGAGGGUGGAUGGGAGAAGACAGUAACCUGUGAAGCAGGUAUUAAGAACAUGAACAAGGAGAAUAGGAAAUUGCUUGGAGCUGAGGGAGGACCCGUGGUCAAGAGCCUGGAAGAUGUUGGACAGCCCACAACUAGGACAUGGGAACACAAGGAUCAGCCAGCAAAGCCUUCUGCUUCUUGUCCAGGCCACCCUCCCACAAGCCGCCUGCCUGCUAACCUUCCAACUCCUAGAACUGACAAACGCCACGGCUGCAGCAUGUGUGGGAAGCACUUUGCCUGGCGCUCCACACUAGUGGAGCACAUCUACACCCAUACUGGGGAGAAGCCCUUUCGUUGUCCUGACUGUGGCAAAGGCUUCAGCCAGGCCUCUUCACUGAGCAAACACCGAGCGAUUCACCGGGGAGAUCGGCCCCAUCGUUGCCCCGACUGUGGCCGGGCCUUUACUCAGCGAUCAGCCCUUACUACUCACCUCCGUGUCCACACCGGUGAGAAGCCCUACCAGUGUGCUGACUGUGGCCGCAGGUUCAGCCAGAGUUCAGCCCUGUCACAGCACCGUCGUGUGCACAGUGGCGAGACGCCCUUCCCCUGUUCUGAGUGUGGGCGAGCCUUUGCCCAUGCUUCAGACUUACGGCGUCAUCAGCGUACCCACACAGGGGAAAAGCCAUUCCCCUGUCCUGACUGUGGUCGUUGCUUUCGGCAGAGUUCAGAAAUGGUUGCUCACAGACGAACCCACAGUGGUGAACGGCCCUAUUCCUGUCCUGAGUGUGGGAGACGAUUCAGCCAGAAGUCAGCUGUAGCCAAACAUCAGUGGAUCCAUCGGCCUGGUGCCAGGGGCAGAAGUGGCCAGUUGGCUGAGGUACUAUCUAGGCAACUUGUCUCUGUCCGAGGAGACUUGGAUCCCCCCGUGGGGUUCCAGCACUACCCAGAAAUCUUCCAGGAAUGUGGGUGAUAAAUUAAGGAUAUUGGGAUAGGAGCAACCAAAGAUCCAAGCAUGGCCCAGGAUUAGAGCCAGAGUCUGAAAGGAAGAGCCUACAGAUGGAUAGAGAACCCAUUCCUGCAUGGUUUGAGAAAGCCAGUAUUGUGUAACAGAAUUGUUUUACCAACUCCCUGAGAGCCUAAUGAAAAAAGAGGUUUAUUUUCUCCCUCCCUUUUGGAGUCUGUUGUUUUCAAGUAGUAUCAUAACUUCUAACCUCAUGGGCCAUAGAAUACCAAUACUGUUCAUUGGGUUUUCUUGGAAGAAAUACUGGAGUGGUUUGCUAUUUCCUUUUCUAGUAAAUUAAGGCAAACAGAUUAAGUGGUGUGACCAGGAUCACACAACUAAUCAAUGUCUGAGGCCAAAUUUUAACUUGGGUCUUCCUGACUACAACCCUUUGGACCACUGCCUGUUCUGGAGUUUAAUUAAUCUUCAAAGCCACUUCUCUAACUACUGCCAAAUGGUCCAGCUUUGGAUGGCUACCUAGUAUCCCUGAAUUUCCAGAUUUGAGUGUAAUCCUAUCCUUGAACUUUCAUCUAGUUCCUACUGAGGAACUUCCCUUCCCUUUCCCACAGCCAAAGGUGUAUAUACAUAUGUAGCUCCUGGCUAUGUUAGGGCCAGGAUCUCCCUCCUUUGUACAGUAGAGGACAGUAAAGGAGUUUCCCUAAGAA